CUCUGUAAUGUCACUGUGACCCAUCGAAUCUUAGCUCUAAUUUUUACUCUCCAUUUUUUGCGAUAAAUGGCUGGUCGAUUUAAAAGUGCCUUAAUGGCUUUGGGUUUUUUCGUGUCAGUGUAUUUUAUACACGGUUCCGUGAGUUCGCUAAAUCAAAUAAAUUUGUUAACAGGAGAGCACAAAAAGGAGUUUUUCGAACAACAGAUACGAUACAAAAGAGCACUAACCGAAGAUGAAGUUCAGAACGGAAGCUUGGCAUUAUCAAAACCGGUACCCAUAAUAAAAUGCUGCAAUAAAUCGGAUUUUUUAACGACUGAUUUAAGCUGUGUUUCGAGGAAUGUUUCAGGCCGCGACACCUACGAUUUUUUCCCGAAAGGCUUGAUAGUAGAUAGCAAUUUCUUUCAAACUUCUUUUGAGGCAAUCAAAGUGGUUUACCAAACAAAUUUAUGCAGAGACGAAGUUUUGGUAGUUAAGGAUGAAGAUCUCCAAAACCAUGUUGUCACUGAAUCCGGUCAGCUUCUAAGCUUGACAAAUUCCGGAUCAGUUCAUUUUAACUAUUCAACAAAUUAUUGCAUUGAUAGACUUGGUGACAACAGUUACAUGAUCCUGAAAUGCCCAUGUCGAAGCCACUUUUGCAUCCAGAAAUGCUGCGCCCACAAUCAAUAUUACCACACCAAUUCCCAACAGUGCAGAAAAUUGGGACAUUUGCCUCGAAUUGAGAUGGAUCAACUUAACAAGCUAAUGACGAUUAAUUCAACUCGGGAGCCCUAUUUGCUUUAUAGGCCUUUAAAUUGCUCGAAAUUAUUGUUUAAUGUAUCUGGAAGUAUUUUGGUUGAAGAAAAUUAUACUGUAGUGCAUGGGGCAGGAAAUGUGGCUAUCAAUUCAGGAAAUUAUUGCAUCGAUGCGUUUUCCGAUGGAAGAAACAGUACGAGUUUCAACGGAUUCUACUGCCAGAAUGCCAAACAGAAGCGAGAGACAACCAUGAAUUUAAAUAAGUGUUGCAGAAAAGGGGAAUCAUUAAAUCAACACUAUGAAUGUCGCUUCAAAGUGUCUAACACAGUUUCCUGGACACCGAAUUCCACAUUGAUGGGGGAUAAAUUUCAGAGUUUUGCGUUCAAGAACUUCAGAGUAGCAGACAACAGUUUAGCAAUUCAUCUUAAAAAAAAUGAUUAUGUUCUGUAUAUUAGCAAUAAAAUUGAACAAAAGUUGUAUACAGCAGAUAUCUUGAAAGAUUAUGCUGCAGACGAGUUUUGCAUUGAUGAGUACCUGGAAGAUAGAGAAUCAGCGAUUAUCUUCUCUCCCUGCCGACACAUUAUGUGCUUGCAGAAGUGCUGUGCUUAUGGAUCAGUAUUCAACUUAACAUCGUACCAGUGCGAAGAAUCCGCUGAUAAAUCAAAUGCGAUCAGCUUGAUAACAACUAAUGAACUAAACGAAGUUGAGGAAUAUUUUUUGAUAAACACCGAACCUAAAUGCCAUUUUUAUAAACUGAUCCAUCCCAACUUAAUGGGAGCCGAGCGAAUUUUCUUGCAGCAAAAUGGCGACAUUUCAAAAAGGAUUGAAAAGACUAAAAUUAAAUGGGUGUCGCCCGCAAAGUAUUGCAUUGAUACGUUUUUACAAGGGAACAUGCGAAUGUCUAAUGGAUUUUUCUGCCUCCAAAGCAAACAAUCUAGGCGUGGAUUGAACUUUCCAGAUCAUCCUCUGAACAAUGGAAAAAUACGCCAUUGCAUCGCACCUAAGUUACUGAUAAUUAUUUACGUGAUAUUUUUCUAAGUUUGGAUUAUUUAUUGUCUUGAUUGAUAAUCGCUAGUUUUUGUGUGGUUGUAACGCACUAUGAGUCGCAUUUUGUAUGCAAAUAAUCCAAAUAUAGUUUGUAGUUUGGGCGAAA